AUUGUUAUAUUUUCGAAACUCAUCUUUUAAUUAUGGAAGUUGCAGAGAUGUUGGCAGAUUCGUUGGUUAAGGUGUUCGUAUUCGUGAUUGUUCAAGCACUGGUUUAUCUCAUACUUUCAAAGUCGUCUAAUAUUUUCUGCACCACCAACAAGAUGAGAUCGUUCAGCUUCAGGCGCGCUCGUUCCGUUAGCAUUCGACGGAUUCUGGCCGCCGUCUCGGAUUUGCCGCAAGGAGUUGAGCCAUCACCCACGUCGGCGAGUUUAUUAAGAUCGCCGACUCAGGAAUUUCCUGAAGAACCUGAAAUUAAGUAAUUGCUUUUGUUUUGU